CAGGCUUCCUGGUUGAUCGCUCAGCAGACAGCAGCACUCGGGCUCUGGUCAGACUUGCUGCAGAGGAUCCCUGUGCCAGGGCUGCUGCUCAGUAGGGAAGGGGACUGCGCCCACUCCUAAUCCAAGUGCCAACCCAGGGAGGGGUGAGAGAAACUUUUUCUUCUUCUUCUUUUUGUGUGUGUGCCCAGCCUGUCUGUGAGAGGAUCAGAGACACUGCAUGCAGGUGCCUCGGUGCUGGGGCUCUGGCAUGGACAGGGGAAGAUCUGCAGCAGCGCACUGACAGCAGCCUGCAUCCCAAAUCAGGCCCCUCAUCUCCUUUACCUGCCCCAGGAGGGUCGUCCACCGGGUCUAUGGCUGGGACCAUGAGGUUCAAUGGCAAUUUAAAACUGAAGAUCGGUGAAGCAGUGGGUCUGCAGGCGACCAGGUGGUCUCUGAGGCACUCGGUCUUCAAGAAAGGCUCCUGUCUGCUGGAUCCCUACAUCACCAUCAAUGUGGAUGAGUGCCCCAUUGGGAAGACCACCGUCAAGCACAGAACUAAUAAGCCCACCUUCAACGAAGAGUUCUGUGUCACUAUAAGCGAGGGGAGCAAGAUGGAGUUGGCCGUUUUCCACGACACCCCAAUCGGCUAUGAUGACUUUGUGGCUAAUUGCAACCUCAGUUUUCAGGAGCUGCUCAGAAACUGCGGACCCACGGACUCCUUUGAAGGCUGGAUUGACUUGGAACCUGAAGGCAAAGUAUACGUGUCAAUAACCCUCAUAGGUAGCUUCACAGAAGGAACAAUGCGGGAUGGUCGGCUACUGAGGCACUUUACAAGGAAACGACAGAGGGCUAUGAGAAGAAGGGUGCACCAGGUUAAUGGACACAAGUUUAUGGCGACUUAUCUGCGCCAGCCAACGUACUGCUCGCACUGUAAAGAGUUUAUUUGGGGAGUGUUUGGCAAGCAGGGAUACCAGUGUCAAGUUUGCACAUGUGUGGUUCACAAGCGCUGCCACCAGUUGAUCGUCACAGCUUGCAUUUGCAUGAACAAUUCAGCUAAAGUGGAAAAAAAGAUCUUUGAACAGAGAUUUGGGAUCAAUUUACCUCACAAGUUCCGUGACCACAAUUAUAAGGUGCUAACGUUCUGUAAUCAUUGUGGGUCGUUAUUAUGGGGUCUAAUGAGGCAAGGAUUACAGUGUAAAAUAUGUAAGAUAAAUGUGCACAAGAGAUGCGAGGCCAGUGUGGCUCAUAACUGUGGGGUGAAUUCAGUAGAGCUGGCCAAUGCGCUGGCAGGAAUGGGUCUGCAGCCCGGGAACAUUGCUGUCACACGGCAAUCAGACAGCAGCCCGGCCAGAUCAGAAAACGGCUGUGAAGAAGAUUCUCUGUCCAACACGUCCUCGCAGUACAAAUUUGGGAUUGAGGAUUUCACCUUUAUACGCGUUCUGGGAAAAGGCAGCUUUGGAAAGGUAAUGCUUGCCAAAUCGAGAGAUGGAGAUAACCUCUUUGCAGUGAAGGUGCUAAAGAAGGAUGUGAUUCUUCAAGAUGAUGACGUGGAAUGUACUAUGACUGAGAAGCGCAUCCUGGCCCUGGCUUCUAAUCAUCCGUUCCUUACACAGCUCUUCUGCUGCUUCCAGACUACGGACCGAUUGUUUUUUGUGAUGGAGUUUGUGAAUGGGGGUGACCUGAUGUUCCACAUACAGAAAUCUCGGCGGUUUGAUGAAGCUAGGGCUUGUUUCUACAGCGCUGAAAUCACAUCAGCCCUCAUGUUCCUCCAUGAGAAAGGAGUGAUUUACAGGGAUCUGAAGCUGGACAAUGUUCUGCUAGAUCAUGAUGGUCAUUGCAAGUUGGCUGAUUUCGGGAUGUGCAAAGAGGGGAUCCGUGAAGGAUGCACAACAUCAACGUUCUGCGGGACUCCUGAUUACAUUGCACCAGAGAUAUUACAAGAGAUGCAGUAUGGGCCCCUGGUGGACUGGUGGGCCAUGGGAGUCCUCCUGUAUGAGAUGCUCUGUGGUCAUGCCCCCUUUGAGGCAGAGAAUGAAGAUGAUCUUUUUGAAGCUAUUUUGAAUGACGAAGUCAUCUAUCCAGCGUGGCUUUCCCAGGAUGCUGUGGGAAUUCUGCAGGCUUUCAUGAAGAAAAAACCUAGUAAAAGGCUGGGGAGCUUGGCACUGGGAGGAGCGAAAGCCAUCCUAUGGCACCCGUUUUUUAAAGAUAUUAACUGGGAUCAACUUAACAAAAAAGAAAUUGAGCCUCCAUUUAGACCAAGGAUUAAAUCCAGAGAAGACGUGAGUAACUUUGACCCUGAGUUCAUUAAAGAGGAAGCAGUAUUGACUCCUAUCGAUGAGAAGCUAAUCCCAAUGAUUAAUCAGGAUGAGUUCAGACAUUUCUCAUACACGGCACCAGAACCCCAGAGCAUGUCACUGGAUGGAAAUGCCCGGAUGCUGCAAUGAAAUAAGAAGAUAGCAAGAGGUUUUCUCCAAGAACAUGGUUUAUGUGCCUUUGUAGGUUUAGUGCAGCCUGAGAAGAUGAAUCAUUUAUCACGCUGGUACUAUAUCUAUAUGCCCUGAAUUUAAAGCAUCUCUUGGUGUCUGAAAACAGAAAGCUUUGACACAUUAGUGAUGGUGGAAGAGUGAAUUUCUCCAGAGCAUUAGACUUCACAUUCUUGCUAAAUCUCAAUUCAUCUAAGCUGUGCUUGCAAGCCACUUAAAGGAGAUUUACGCUGCAGGCUAUUACUUACUCCAGGCUCUGCUUCAGAGCUGUGUAUGUGAAUGCUUAAAAUGCUAUGUGCGAAAGGCAACACGGUGCAUCCUUGUGUUUGAUAUUUGGCUUUAGGAGAAAUAAUUUCAGCCCAACCGGUCACUUCCAUCCUGUAGCAAGUGUGCAAUGGGUUAGCUACAGGCCCAGCACAAGAAACCAGUUGAGAAUGGAAAAACUCGGUACAUAUAAGAAUGGCGGAAGCAGCCGAAACGAAUUGUUACAAGCUGAAAGAGACUGACAUAGAGAAUACUGACAAUAACUAUGUCCUGUUAGUUUGUGAAGAUAGCAAAGGUUGGCCAUCUCACAUCAAAUGACAAAAAACCUGGACCAUCCUGAGACCA